GGUUGCACUCCGUAGUGGGGGGAUGUCGUGCUUGCUUAUCGGUGUGUCGGUGACCACAUCAGUGCCAGAUGUCCUCGAAAUUCGCACCGCCAUCAUCUUCUCUCCUUCGACACUGUUCCCGACCUGAUGCCCCUUUCUUCUUUCGCAUUGUGUCCAGGGUAAGAAUUGUGCAAUUUCAAGAGUCCUUUCGAGCACGAGUCUUGCUGAUAACAUGCAUCGAUCUGGGGAGAAAAGGAUAUCGUGCAAGCGAUGUCAAACUCGUAAGAUCAAAUGCUCUCGGACCACGCCCUGCCGCAGUUGCGCUGCUGCCGGAGUCAAGUGCGAAUUUCGUGUGGACGACUGGAAGCGAUUUCCCAUCUCAGCAGAAUAUGUCUCUGCGCUCGAACGUAGGGCAACCACAUUGGAACUAUUGCUGUCAAGCAUAAAGUCUUCGUCGGGCUUCGAACGAGAUGCUAUCAUCGAGGGCAUCGACCUCGACGACCACCUGCCACUCACAGAUGCCAGCAAUCAAGCCGGCCCUCGGUCGCAGUUCACGCUCGACAUGAAUGAAUCAGUGAACCAAUCUCUGGACGACUCCUGGAUGAGCGAUGAACAUGGCGUGCCAGUAUUUCAUGGGCUAGGUAGUGCCUAUAGCACAGGCCUCGUACGGCCCCGCAGAUCGUGGCAAAAGCUUCGAUCAAUACCUAAUGAGAAGAUGUCCACGGUCCCGAGGGUUGUGUUUCGAGAAUGCAUCCAAUUGUUCUUUGAUUGGCAAAUUCCAUACUCCACCCUCGUGGACCGGAACGCUUUCAUGCACGACUGGUCCUCUGGUUCAGAGUCUGGAAGUGAUUUUUCUCCGCCUCUUUUGCACGCGAUCUGUGCCCUUGGUGCUUUGAUGUCACAGGACCAGAAUAUUAGGGCGCUGGCAGACCUCUUUGCGGCCGCUGCCAAUGAUGAGCUUUCUGUCGAAUCAUGCUGGGUCCCGCGACUUGCCACUUGCCAGGCUCUGUUACUGUGCGCAGUCUUUAACCUCGGUCAUGGAGAUAGCUCCAAGGCAUGGAUGAAUUCGGGUCUGGCCUUUCGCAUGGCCCAAGACCUCGGCAUUAACCGCCAAUUAGGUCGGUAUAGCUCAACAUGCCAAACAGGUACGUCGCUCGAUGACUUGGAGUCUCGGCGGCGUAUGUCUUUAACCUUUGCUAUAUCCGAUAAAAUGUUCAGCCUAUUUUUCGGACGGUCACCCACCCUAGAAGAGGAGGAUUUCGACACAGAUCUCGACAGUGUAGCCUGUGGAUCUGGUAAUCCCAGUCUCACGCCCGAGUCGGAUCUAGCCUCUUCCAAAGGACCGUACACAUCGUCAUGGUUGAAUCAAACAAGCUCUGUUGCGGGAGGCCUCCCAGAAAUGGACCAGUCUUUCGUCUCAACUGUCUUACUCGUCAAGCAAGCCGAGCUGAGCAACAUCAUUGCGGACAUGCAGAGACAAAUACUGUCUACGAGACGAAGACUGCUAUAUCGGCCGGACCACUGGUACGACGCUUUAUACAACAAACUCAAUGCCCGGCUGUGGCGCUGGCAUGACUCUUUGCCAGGAGAGCUGCGGUGGAACCGAUGGAGUUCCAAUCUUGAGAUGGUCGACCCCAGCCUCUCCCCUCUUCACAUGCUGUUCCAAACCACGAGACUCAUCCUGAACAAAUCGAUAUUGACCCGCUACAAGCACAAAGCGCUGUCAUUUCAGAAUCCACCUGACAUUAUCAUGGAGGCUUUGAGAUUGUGUGACGCAUCGAUCGAGACGAUUGUCGGCAUCAUUCGUCGCUUCGGCGCACAACAUUCAUUGCAAAAUGCUCCGUUUGUGUUCGUUCAUGGUGCUAUUGUCGCCGCUGAUGUGACACUAUCACUGUCCUCGUGGCGACGAGCAGAUGGAGGCGGUGAACACAGUCCGAGGAUCCCCGACCCAGACACAGUGCUGCCAGUACUCGAAUCCACACUGGCGGACCUGUCCUCUGCCUGGAGCAUCGCCCACGACGCUCGCAAUGAAUUGCGGAAGGUUAUGGAUCAACUAUCGAGCUCGCCGCAGAUGAACGAUUUGUGGAUCCCACCGACCGGCCCCCCUGGAGGUGAUGGUGCACACACUGCGCUCACACACAUAAGUGACAGUACAGUGUCGACCACGUUCCCUUCGACAUAUCCAUCUACAUCGGGUUUUGACUUUAGCUUUUCGGAAUCCGGGACUGGCAGCAUGGCUGCCGACACUGGUCAGUUCAGGCAGAGUGGCAUAGCGCAAAUGAACUUUGAUGCUACGGCUUCGGUUGGUCUUAACCAUAUGGCCACUAACGAGCUCGGCGCAACAGGAGAACUGCUUGAUGCUACCAUCUUCCCAUUCGAGAUUUCCCAGCAUGUGUACGGGCAGAAUGGUCAGGCCAUAUAUUGAAUCAAAACAAUUGGUAGAUGGAUAGUGUAUCAAGUUUUAUCAAGUUUACAGACCUGAUCAGAAGCAAGCAGCAUAGAGAGCGUCAGUG